AUGUCAGAUAAAAAACAUAACAAUAAAACAGAAAGAAAACAAGCUAGUAAGCAGGAUGUUGAAGAAAACAGUUUUAUAGAGAUAGGUGUGAGAACUGGAGUUGAUAAAGAAUACCCGAAAGGAAUUGUGGAUAUAGAAAGUAAAGUUGCUGAAGGCAAAACUAAUAAAAAGGAGAAAAAUGUUGAGAAAAAUGGUUUGGACUAUAAAGCUUAUGAAUUCGACCAAAAUGAUGCAGAUCCGUGGUCAUCCUUUAAAAAAUGGAAAGAAUCUACAAAGAUGAAAGAAGUUACAAAUAAAAAAAUCCGCACCGACUCAAGAAUCUUAACUAAAAAUGAAAAUAUCCCAGAAUUUGAGUACACUCCCAAUGGAUCAGAAAGUUCAAAUCUAACUGAAUCUGCAAGCUUACCAUCAUCGACGUCAUGGCGGCCCAACCAAAAAGAAGACACUAAAGCUUUGAAUGCAUUAUCAGAAGAAAGUGAUAAUGAAUCUAGUAUAGUAGGGAAUAGUACGUCAGUAGAAGAUAAUGAUAAUGAUGAAGAUAAUGGAUUUACGGUAGAGUUAAGCUGCAGACAACAUCGAAUGUGGAACAAAAAAGAUCUAUGCCCUAUUUGUAACAAACAUAUAACAAAUUUUUCUCGUCACCUAUUUCGAAAUCACGAAGAGAAUGAAAGUGUAUGUAAAAUUAAAUCAUUACCAAAAGGCAGUUAUGAGAGAAAAAAAUUAAUAGACUAUUUAAGAAAACAGGGAAAUAUAUCUAUCUACUCGGAAAAAAUAAUAAGGCCCGUCGAAAGACCUUCUAAGUAUAAAAGCAAAACCAUUUCAUACUUGGAUUUUUUACCAUGCAAAUACUGCAAAGGCUUAUACAAAAAAAAAUCACUUAGCCGGCACGCCAAAAAAUACUUCUUUAAUAAAGAAGUUUUAAACUCAAAUAUACGUUACGCUAGUGAAGGUCAAACGAUUUUAUCAUUUACCGAGUCCAGAAAGGCGUUUUUAAACAGAUUACGUUUAAAAGAAGAAGUUUUCACUACGAUGCAUGCAGAUAGAAUUUCUCUUAUUGCCAAAAGUGAUAUAAUAGCGUGCCAGUACGCAGAGGACUAUUUAAGGAAACACAAAAGACCCAGCAUAAAAAAUGUUGUUGCAAAUAAAUUACGCGAAUUGGGUAGACUUUUAAUUCCCUUAAAGGAUAUUUAUCAGAUUGACUCCUUACUAGACGCUCUUCAACCAGAAAACUUUAAUAAAGUAGUAUCAGCUGGGAGGUUAGUAUCCAAUUACGAUGACACAACAAAAUCUUUUAAAGCACCUUCGCUCGCACUUCACUUAAGAACAAUACUUUUAGCAGUUUGUUCUUCUGCAAAAACAUUGCUUUUAAAACAAGAUCCAGUGUUACCAGUGACAAAUUAUGAGAAGAGUUUAAAGAGUAUAAAACAAUUUCAAGAACUUGUGGAUAAAAAUUGGAAAUUUGAAAUGGGAAGCUUAGCACUUAAAGAUUUGAAUGAGAAACAUACGAUGAAAACUAAAAAAAUACCAAUAUCAAAAGAUAUAUUAUUAUUCAAAAAUUAUUGUGAGAAAACAGCAAAUGAAGCCACCCAAAUUUUAAUGCAAAAUAAGAAUAAUAUAGACGAGUUUAAAAAACUAUCAGAAGUGUGUUUAGUUCUUACAAUAUUGUUAAACAGGAAGCGUGUUGGAGAUGUCCAAUAUUUAAAAGUGGAAACAUACUUGCAGUCUGAAAAUACUACUGAAGAAUGUUUUGAUAUUUUAUCCGAAACUCAAAAAACAAUUUGCAAACAUUUUAAAAGGGUGGUUACAUUAGGAAAGGGAAGUCGGCCAGUUCCAAUUCUUUUUCCUCAAAAGAUCCAAGAGUAUAUACAAAUAAUGUUAGAUACAAGAAAUAAAACAUUGGUUGUUCCCAAUAGCAAUCCGUACUUAUUUGCACUAACUGGAUCCGCAGAUAGAUGGAUUAAUGGGUCAAGCAUCCUACAAAAAUACGCUAAAAAUUGUGGCGCCGAGCGUCCUGAUAGUUUAACGUCUUCCCGCUUACGGAAACAUAUAGCUACAGUGUUACAAAUUUUAAACUUAAACGAAAUUGAAAUGGAACAAAUUGCCACUUUCAUGGGGCAUACCAAAAAAACACAUGAACAAUUUUAUAGGUUACCACAGGAUAUGUUCCAAACUUCAAAAGUUGCGAAGCUGCUUAUGAUGAUCGAAAAAGGAGUUAGCAAGGAAGAGCAAGGUAAAACUCUUGACGAGUUAGAUGUUGAACUAGCAGCUCUGGAUGUAAACCAUACUGAUCAAGUUGUUAUAAAUAAAGAGAUCGCUAAAAGUCCAGAAGGAGAGAUAGCAACAGCUCAGAACGUAAGUGUUGCUAUCUCUCCUGGCAUGAUUAAUAUAUCUCCGUAA